CUGCGCUCCAGCUGGGAGAGGGAAUGUCUGUCACUCAAGGCCGGUGAUAGGAGCGACGGAGCAGAGCUGCAGCUGAGCGGCAAAGCCGAGGAGAGCAGGAAGGAGGGGGGGGGGGUUCUGAGAGUGAGAGGAGAUCCAGAAAGUUCAACGGAAGAGGAUGAGCACUGCAGGCAGCUGAGUCUGGAAUAGUAAGGAGUCAGGAGGACCUGGAGCACAGGGAGCAGGAUCUGAGUAAGCGGGAGAUGAGCCCUGCUGGAACGGCUGCAGCCUGAGUACCUGGCAGUGGAACGGCGAGCCUGGGGUGAGCGUAUGCGUCCGCCCCCCAGCAGCCCGGGACAGAGACCACUCUGCCCCUAUCCACACGCCAAGUUGACACCGGGACUGACAUCUCACAGAGGGACUGUUUUUCGAGACAUGAGAGUGUGGGAGCGUGAGAGCAGCCAUGGAGAAGUCGAGUAGCGAAGAGUCGGCUAUCCACCGCAGCCCCUCGUUGGACAGCCACGACUCUGACUUUGCCCGCGCCUCUGCCCAGGGCCGCCCCUUCGGGGGCCGUGGCUUCACUGCCGGUGCCUUCUACGGCACAACGGGCCCCCGUGGCGGGUCCACUGGCACCGCACCGGUCGGGGACAAGUACAAGUCACCCAAGAGUGGGAAGUACGUGGUGUUUUACCUGGACCUAUCCUUUGUGUUCCUCCUAGAGUUCAAGAAGUGUGACAUGGCGCAGGGCUGCGUCUGCUGCUUGAAGUACAUGAUGUUCCUCUUCAACCUCAUCUUCUGGCUAUGUGGGUGCGGCCUUCUUGGCAUUGGAAUAUGGCUCUCCGUGUCACAGGGCAGCUUCGCUACCUUCUCACCCUCCUUUCCCUCACUCUCCGCCGCCAACCUGGUCAUCACCAUAGGUGCCAUCAUAACAGUGACUGGCUUCCUAGGCUGCCUGGGCGCCAUUAAGGAGAACAAGUGCCUGCUCCUGAGUUUCUUCAUUGUGUUGUUGGCUAUUCUUCUGGCAGAGUUGAUCCUACUCAUCCUCUUCUUCGCCUAUAAGGAUAAGGUCAGAGAAAAUGCCAAGCAGGACCUGAAGGAUGGGCUUGCUCUGUACAACACUGAUAAUAAUGUUGGUCUGAGGAAUGCCUGGAACAUCAUUCAGGCAGAGUGGAAGUGCUGUGGUGUGACGGGCUACACAGACUGGCAUGAGGCCCUGCAGGAGAGAAUGGUCCCUGACCGCUGCUGCCAGGAGCACUACAAGGAGUGUGGCCGGAAUGUCACCAACAUGUUCUGGAACCGAGGUUGUUACGAGAAGGUGGAGGAAUGGCUACGUGACAAUAGACACCUCCUGGGCACCAUUGGCAUGUGCAUACUGGUGGUACAGCUCCUGGGGAUGGCGUUUUCGAUGACGCUGUUCCAGCAGAUCCACCGGACAGGCAAAAAGUACCACGCCUAGAUGGGCCUGGUAGAGCUAAGCCCCUGAGCCCGAUGUGAGGGGACUGCGCUGGACUCCAUGACCUGGCCUAUCCUGUCUCAGGCCAAGCACCUAUCAACAGUGCCCCCCCCCCUUUAUUUGCUGUUCUCAAUUUAAUUUGCCAAAGAGAAAUCGGUCAGGAAAGAUGAAGGGCAUUGACUUCGGGAAAGGGGCACUUCUUGGCAAUUUUUUAUUGUGUUUUGUCUUUUUCUUUCCCCUUGGACUGACACUGUGGGAAGCUAGAGAUAUGAAAGCACUGCUUUUCUGAAGGCCGGGUUUGCCCCACAGGGCACUAGAAAUCAAUACAGAGGCAGCUCUCAUACUGUAACCCCAUAUGAGGUGAAAGGAUUCAAUUACCCAUGACUGCUGAUGGCAGCUCCCACUCUUAGUAUAAAGGCAGAACCUAAAUAUAGCAUGCUGAAGUAUAUAUAUUUUUUUGACUCAGUGGAUAACUGUCUUAUUUAAAUGUAAAAUAUAAAAACAUACCACCCACACACACAACUGUGAUUUGUUAAAAUCCGUGAGUGUAUAUUGAUACCUUGUUGAGAAUCGGUGAUUGGUGGUUGUGAGCUGUGGAAGGGGGACGGCUCUGACAUUAUCCCUAUGUGGGGGAGAGAGAGGGCAGGCUCUGAGUUAGGUGCUACCCCUCCAGGUACACACCCACACAAUGGCAGCCAGCAACUUCCUUCUCAAAGCUUAUGAAACAGUUUCAAUGGCUGAGUAUGAUACAUCUGACUAUAUGCUGUUCUGUCAGGUGUGUGACAUUUUCAGCCCAGCAGGGACACCUGCACACAUUUUGACUCCUCUUUAAUUCUUCUUUGGGUCCCAUAAGAUUAACUAUUUGCGACCACAAGUCUCUUGUGUUUCUGGUUGUGGACACCCACUUGAUUCUGUUGUCGCUGUUUGUUGUGCAGGAGGAGUCAUUCUGAUUGUCUCUCAUUGUUUCUGUUUUGAUGAUCUGGGUUUUCCAACUGACGCAGCAGAAAGGAAGUCUAAUGUCUGAUAAGUCCAUAUUUCCAUCAGCAUCUCCAAAUGGGAUCCUUCCUGCCUAGUGCAGGUUCUCCUCAGCUACAGUACACGUGAGGCUCAGUGCAAGGCGCCUGAUAGAGGGGGUAUCAGAACUCUUCACACCUCAUCCUAAGGGCGCUUCUGUCCAUAGAGCUUUAGUCCCAUAGUAGUUGAGAAAUAUCAUCUUACAUAAGAUAUAAAGGCACUUUGGAUAACGAGUGUUAAGCAACUGAAAUACUGCUUCUUUAAGAGAGAUGUAAGGUGAGAGGGCUGGGGCUGGCAGGAUUUUAGGGUCAUUUUUAGGGCUGGAAUAAUACCAGAAGCAGAUAUGAGAUCUGUUGCAUGUUGAAUUUCAUGCAGUCAUUAUGCUACUGGGCAUUUUGAAGUAUGGAGGCUCUGUGUAUUCCAAAAUGUGUAACUGAACAUCAUGCAAACGCAUCACAGAUUUUUUUAUAUGUGUGUGUGUAUAUAUAUAUAUACACACACACACACACUGCCCAGCCAAAAAAAAAAAAGUUUUCGUUGGAUGGCCUUUAGCUUUGAUUUUGCCGCACAUUUGUCAUUGCAUUGUUUCCACAAGCUUAUGCAACAUCCCACCCUUUAUUUUCAUCCAGAUUUGCAUUCAUUUCUCACCGAGAUCCUAUACUGACAAGUGUACCACUCCAUAAAGCCUCCUUCAGCACAUCCCAAGGCCCUUCAAUGACGUUAAGGUCAUUUUGGCAUGCUUCUCCUGGAAUAUGCCCAUGCCAACAGGGAACAAAAAAAUUCCAUUGAUGAUGGAUGGAGGUGUAACCUGGCUAUUCAGUAGAUUCAGGAACUCAGCUGACUUUACUCUUUAUUGCUGCAUAACAUUGCUGAGCUGUAAUAAUGAUCCAGUCAUUGGCUUUUAAGUAUUCGCUGAUACAGUAUAUAUUCAAAUGGCGACUUUUGUUGACCGGGCAGUAUAUGUAUAAUGUGUGUGUGUAUAAAAUGUGUGCAUAUAUAUGUAUGUGUGUGUGGGUGUGUGUUUGUGUCUGUGUGUGUGUAUCCUAAAAUUUCUUGAACAUUCCCCAAAUAUUGUGCGAGGGCACCAACUUAGCAACCCCCCCACUGCAGCGAGCCUCACACCAGGCCUCUGACAACCAAUGCCCUGGAUUUUGCCACAUGCACAGAAUUGGGUAGUACAGUUUGCUGGGAGCUGGGAGAGGGCACCAGUGGUGAGGCUUGCCAUCAAGGAAUUAAAGCAAUUGUUAUUUUAGGCCCACAUUAUUUUUUCUGGCUCCACAUAGGCUUCACCUGCCACUGCUCAUAAAAUCAGUGAAAACUGGACUGUGUUUGUUGGUGACGCUUAUUGAGUAUUUAUUUUUACAGUGUGACUAUUAGCAACCCCCCUACAGAGAGCCUCACACCAGGCUAAUAUUCAUCAGCUUUUUACAGUGGAAGGGAGUGCCAUAUACACGGGGCUCCCAUAAACAGCGUUAGCACCCCACAGCUGUACUCAUUGCUAAUCUGUUGGUACAUAAAAUGAUGACAAUGUGUGUUCACCUUCAGUGCCCUGGCAGACUCUGCGGAGUUAGUCAAAUGUGCUGUCCUUGCAUUAUCGCAACAGGUCAUUGGCCCAUACGGCUGUUUAGUUUGCAGACUGUACCCAUCAUCAUGUGCAUUGACAUUGUUGGCCUGGGGGUGGCCUGCACUUCCUGCAUCUGAAGGUUGCCCUUUCCCACAGUAGACAAUGGUUGUGUUUUGAAUUGUCCGUCUGGAAAGAGACAUGUCAUUAUUUUAUAUGGAUGAAAAACAGGUGCAACAUAAAAAAAAGGUUUAACAUUACCUGUGUGAACAGAUUUAAUUUGAAGUAGUUCGUCAUUUUAAUUUGUGUGGAAAAUUGUUCACUUUAAACCAUUAAAACUGUAAUAUAAAAAAAUAAGAAGAAUCUAAUAUUGAUACCUUUAGGCAACAUUUUUAUAUAUUAUAUUAAAAACAUGCAUUUCGUUUAACAGUUGCCGAUGGAUUGAUUUGUUUUGUCUUUGGGGAGAUUCCUAUUUUUGUUUCAAUUCACUAGGCUGAACACUGGUAUUAAGCAGGUUGGCUGUGAUACCCACUAAGUAACCCAUAAGUCUUAAAUUGCGCAAAUAUUUUAAUAAUGGAGUAAAAAAGUUAUGAGUGUGGAGAGGAACGGCAAUUUGGAAGGUGACCCUCUGUGGAUUUGUCUCUACAUGACUUUGACCUUUGGCUGUCCCUCACAAACUGAAUCUUUAUGAUCGUGCCACUUCUCUUAAAGUUUGUAAGGAGAUCCGUCACCAUGUUGGAAACUUCACCCCAUCCUGCUGCAGAUAAUCUUUGGUCCUGUAACAUGCUCUGACAUUCAGUAACUGACAUGCUGUCAGACUUGUCCAAACAGUCCUCCGCUGUUAAUCCACCAGUUUGUACAGGGCAGAAGGCAUUCUCCACUGCUCUGCUCGUGAGGACUGCUGUACUGUCUUUGUUAUAUGGUCUCGUGUUUCAUAAUCUUCACUGGAUUUUUUUGUACUUUUUAAUUCAGUGAUUUUCACGUCUAUUAAAUGCUUUGUGCUUUCAUUUAAUGUAUACUUCGUAUUAUAGUGAAAUGGAAUAUUUUAUAAAUCUGUGUUUAAAACAGAUCAUAUUUUGCCCUAUAUGGUGUUAUACAACCUUGUGAGAGGCUGUGUGUGUGUGUGUGUGUGUGUGUGUGUGUGUGUGUGUGUGCGUGCGUGUGUGUGUGUGUGUGUCUGUGUGUCUGUGUGUCUGUGUGAAUCUCCUUCUCCCAGUGACUUUCAAUUGUUACUCAACCUGGGCCGGGGGAUGUAGUGCUACAAGAGUCUGCCUGCCAUUUCACUAAAGUCUGAACAUAAGAUCAUCUUAUUUGACUUAAUCUGGUUUAAAUCAUCUAUUUCUUAAUAAAACUAAAUGUAUCCCGACCUCCCAGAGCACUGUGUGUUCACUGUCAUUCCCAUAAUGUUUUUUUUUUAAGAUUAAUCUGUUGUUCACUAUGUUUGGAUUGAAACGAUUAUCUGCCUAGUGACAUAUUACGUACGUAUAACUGGAUUUUGGUGGUUUAGCUCUUGCGGCAGCUGCUUUGUAAUCUCCUCCAGCAGAGGGCAGGAUUUCAGCUCGCUCUAACACACAUUGAAAUGAACAGAAAUGCAAAAUUUCAGUCACUGUGAUUUUUAACCGAAGACUAUGAUAUGUUCCUUUGUGUUAUAACCUGAUUUGAAUUUGUACUGUUGAAGCUUUUGUCCCCCCUUUCAAUGAAAAAAAAAAUACAUUAGACUUUGUAUAGACUAAUUUGUACCAUUUAACAUGUAAAUAAAACCCAUAGAAACCACA